AUGCAUAUUUAUAAAAAACAUUCAUGUAAAUAUUUUGCAGAUUGUGCUGGUCCUUUUCAAGCAACUCAGUUGUGGAAUAGUAUUAUUCAUGCUCUUCAGAGUCAGGUGGAAAUGAAAAGACGUAGACAGCAUCUAAAAACAUAUAAAAACUGUUUUACUGGCUCCCAUGCUGUUGAUGUAGUACUGAGUCAUCUUAUGCAAAGCAUGUACCUAAGCUGUAAUGAUAUUUCUCGGCUGAAGGGUGUCCGCGUAUGCCAAGCACUGAUGGAUCACAAGGUGUUUGAGCCAGUUGGAGCAAAACUUCACCUAUUCAGGAAUGAAAAAGAACCAGAGUUUGAAGACACAAGCAGUAGUCUCUAUAAAUUUGUGAACAGCAAUAUUACUCCUCUUCUUUUGAGAACAAAUAAAGAUAAUGAGAGCUUGUCCCCUGAGCAAAUUUAUGGGCAGAAGACAAAAAGACAUUCCAAGAUGAAGUGUGAAGCAACCCUUUCAAACCCCUUAGCCUUAGAAGCAGCUGAUAAAAAGAAGAUAGAGGAGCUACUUCAAUCAAUAAAUGUUCAUCUGUCUUUACCUCCAAAGAUCAGGGUUAAUGAACCAACUCAACUGCUUUCAAAAAGAGUAAUAGAUGAUGUCUGGAAACAGCAAACUCUGCUACGACUACUGCAAUUAAUUGAUCUUCCAGUUCUAGAAAAUAUUUUCAUAUCUUCAGUGAAGAGAAAAACAGACUUCUUUGGCAGAGAAGAAGACCUGAUUAUCUCAAACACUUUCCUGGACAGAGAAGUUACAUGUAGCCUAAACUUGCCUGAGCUUGACAAAUGGCUCUAUGCUGCAAUUGAAUGCUUGGAGUAUUUCCCAGACCAAUUCAUAGUGACGGUUAGUCAGCAGUUACCUCAAAGCAAUAAGAAACCAAGCAAUCUGAAUGCUCACAAGAAGAUUCUUUUUGACAUUAUAAUUAAAUAUUACAGUCAAAAGAAGGGCUCCCUUCUUGCCACUCAGGAUCUCGAUAUUCAUGCAGGAAUUAUAGAACUUCUAGAAAAAGGAAAAACAGAACAAGCUCUAGAGGCAUCACAACUUUAUUUAAGAUUAUUAGCACCAAAUAUCCGAGAAGAACUGCAUAGACUGCUGGCAUUUUUAGCCAUUGCAUCAGAAUCUGAGGGCUACAAAUUACAAAAACAAUUUGAUAACAGAUCAGUGAUCAUCAAGACUUGUACGAAGUUCAUUUUACAGAACAAGACGUUGUCAAAAUCACAGGCAGAACUGCUGAUUCAGUUUCUGAUGGACAAUCACUCUGAACUCUUCAAGACUCCUUUAACUCUUCUGGAACUAACUAGUAGGAAACUUGAAAGCUUGCUGGAAGGACAAGAUCCGGAUAUCAAUUCAGGCUUCACGUUCUGUCAGCGUUUGACACCUAAAGAAUAUGAAGAUCAGAAACAACAAACAAAUCAGUAUCUUCUGGCGUUGAUUCAGGAAAUGGACAAUGAUCCCACUAUUCCUUUGAAGCAGAAGAAGAAACUAAUUAAAGAACUCCAGAAAUACCAUUUUCUCGUCUUUUGUAGUGGUUGUAAAACUAAACGUGAAUUUUGCACUGUAAAUGGUUAGUCAUCACUGCAUUUUCCUUUUUAAAUAAGGAGGGAAUGUAUACCAAAAUUGCUUGUGAUUAUUAUUUCUAGGUACAAACCGUGUUUUGCUUAUAUCUUUAAUCAAUUACAGGAAACUAUCAAAAUUACUGUGUGGUUAAAAAGUAUUAAUUUUAACUAACGAAUCUUUUGAGCAAAAUACUUUUAUGCAUUCAUCUAGUUAGUCAAUAAUAACGGCAUGCUGCUUGUGCUACUUUGAGAUUGGGGUUUGGCACUUUUUUUCCUUCUGUCCCAUGCUGAGCUGAGUGUACAUUCAGAGCCGUGCUUGGGUUGCUACCCUGUAAGAUUUUUUACCUUUUAUAUCACUACUUCAUGAUGGAAUCACAUGAUUCUCAAACUGUAGGUCAUGACUCCCUCAAGUAUUGUAGAAGUGUACAAAGAGUGUCAAAAUUGUUAGGAGCAGCUAGGUUGCUUUUUGAUCAGUAGCAGGCAAGACUCACGCGGAGCGAGCUAUGUAUGCUUGCAGUCAGUAAUUAUAGCCUGUUGUUACUUCCCCACUGUGACAGAUUGAGCUGCUGCUAAUUAGAGUUCCAUAAGAGCAAGUCAAAAAAGGCAUUUUGGAGAGAGGAGAAAAAGAAGAAGGAAAAAAAAAAAAAACUUGUGAAAUCAUAGUUUUGUUUUGGAUCUUCUAGUAUACUUGAUGACCGAGCUACUUUAACAUGAGGACAUUUUGAUAGGUCUCUGGACCUGACAUUUAUUUGUCAUGAAUGCUGUGAUAAGGUUUAUGGAUUCACACUUAAUGGGGCAAAGCUAAUAAGUUCAAAAUAUGUCAGCCUGUGUCUUGACACGGUGGUGGUAAGUGGACAUUGCCAAGGAAGUGUCGAUUCAAAUCAUGAAAUUAUGCACUAUAAUGUUGUGGAGGCUUUAAUUAUUUGUUCCAUUAUUAUGGAAGACAAUUGAUCAUUUACAGGAGACUACAGGGCCACGUUUCUUUUCUGACCCUGUGUGGAUGUGUGGGAUUCUCUUGUUUUGUCUGUCUCCCAGAAGAAGGACUGCAUAUAGAAUAAGGUUAAAGGCCAGUUAAAUGCCUCUGGUAUUGAAUAGUGGCUGAAUGAGACUUUCAUUUCUUUUGUUUGUGGUGGUGUUUGGUCUGUUCAGGCAUUUUACUAGGUCUUGCCAAAAUACUGAAGUUGGUAACAAGGAGAGAUAACGUGGUAAUCUGCAGGGUAGAUGAAAUGGGAAUGGCUUUAGAAAACCUGUAUUUUUCUUCUGAUUUCUUAAACUUUUCAACUUGAUUGGAGUUUCCUUGUGCUAAUUUAAAUGAUGGAUAAUAAAACAUGACAUAAGAGCGGUGAAUCUAUCUAUCAUUUUCAUAGCACUUUCGUAAGGAGGUGGCAGCUCAGCAGGUACAGAACCAGGGAUGAAACAGUAGGGAAAUGCUUCAGGUGAACAGCAGGAGUUCAUAGCUGCCAAGCGCUUUACUUCAGUUCAUGGGACAGAAAGUGGCCAAGACUACUGUAAGUUCAAAGGGGUUGUUACCUGUUUCAUAAAGGCACAAAAUUGUCA